GCUUUGGAGUAGAGGAAACUAAGCUACAUUGCCACCACAAAGUGRGCACAAUAUUCAAUCGAGGCACAAGCGGAAGCGAGUCUCGACGCAGCUCAUACUUUAUAAUACAUCUCCUUCGAUACGGAAAACACWAAUGGUACGUCGAUCAUGACGAAGAUUUCGUAUCUAGAACGACAGAGGGAAGUCGACCCGUUUUACAGAGUGGUGAAUGCUGCUGAGUACAUCACCGGCUCCGCGAAAACGCGGUUUUCACAGACGGUGGAAGAAACUAAGAGAGGAGAGGACCCAGAAGGAAGAGAUGACAGUAUCUACAAGACGCUGCUGUCAAAGAACUCUUCCGGGGAUCUCGAUUUCAAUCCGAGGAUGGUUCACAUAAUGGACCAUUUCGAAUCCGACUGCCGCGACGACUCGGAACGAGACGUAGAUGUCCCCACUUCUACCACUCCUUUGGAACCCCCUGCUGCCGCCGCACCAGAGGAGGUGUACACCGGAAUGUCGAAAGAGUACAAGGGAAUCUUGAAGAAGGACGAACCAGAACAAGACGAACAAGAAACUUCCCCAGARAAUGAAACAAAUCAAAGCGAGGAYKUUAGCACGAGUGCACCGCAGCGAGAAGCUCCCCCUUCCCCCGAGCCCCCCACUCCGCGCAAGAACGUGUUUCCGAACGCCACCGCUCCAGUCUACAAGCGGCAGAGUUCCAAACCCUGGGAGAAAAAAGGCCAGGUAGCACAACUGGCCAASAGAUUCGAACACAACGACGAUGCGCAAGAAGACGAAGACGAAGAUGGAAAGACGCCUAUCCGGCCGCCUCCGAGGUAUUCCAUWUCGAAGAUCCAACAAGCCCAAGCAGGGCCGGUGCCAAAAUCGGACGAUUUCUACAGCGAGCUGAAGCGAUGGCACAAAAACUACUCACUCCGGGACGUGGAGAAGCCAGAACAAAUCACCGUCACCUCUCCGGUGCCAGCGACGGAACCCAGCGAACCCAGCGAGCAGGAAGAAAUCUCCGAUACCUACUAUCUCCAGCAGAGCAGCAACAGCRUCGAGGCAGGAAAGAAAAAAUCCUGGUUUCGAAGAAUGAAGCGAAACUCACAGAACGACAGUUCCCACGACGACGAGACCGCGAAGGUUGCAACCACGGAGAAACCAAUGAGCAAAAGGUUCCCAAGGAGGGCAUCGAAACUCCAAAAGGCGRAAGAGAAGAAACGGAAGAGGUCUUGGUCCCUGAAAAACCUCUUCGGCAAGAAGAACAAGAGCUCAAAUUCCGAUUCCGAAGACAGCAGCAGUUCUUCCAGGAGCGGAAGCCUCGAAGCAGAAGCCAAGAACGCACAAGCUGCGCCAUCGGAACCCCGGCCGGACCCACCGAGCGACGYACCCGAAGCCUACUCAAUGCUUGGAAUCGCGCGGUCGACCSCAACGAAGAAGCCGAUCAAGGACCCCAAGAUGCCCUCGUUCGAAGCAAAYCUAAGCAGGUUUCUAAAACUCCAAGAAGACGACCAGAGCACCGCUACAGCUUCGUCAAAAACCGAUAAGAAGGCAUGUAAUGCUACUGUUGCUGUCGCUGCUACUGCUGCAACCGAUCGUCGGCUGCAAAUGCAACAACUAAUGCAGCAGAUAGUCGGGGCGAGUAGGUCUGAACUCAACGCAGUAGAAACAAAUGCAUCCUCGAAAGAUGCCAAGGUCGCAGAAAAAGUCAACUCCGACAAGCCCAUCGAGCCAACARAAGAGGAAGCAAUCGAUACUGAAUCAGAGAAAUGUAAAUCUCAGCAGAUGCUCGAUGAUGACGAAAAGAACUCUGCGGUAGAGGUCGAUGAAGAAAAAUCYGUGAUACAACGAAAGGAUAGCGAAUCGUCGUGGCUAACGAGAGCAACCAAGAUGUUGAAGAGGCUGGCAGCUGCGGAAGUCUUGGACAGCAGUGACGCGAUCGAAGUGAACGUUGAUCUCAAAGGCUUGACCCCAAACCAAUCCUUCAAUACCACCGAUCUAGGGAGUUCAUCUCUCGACAAAGAUAGCGUAUCGGAGGGUGUAGCAAUGCCAGAAACAGCCAGGACCUCGAGCCUGUUGGAYCUUGAUAGCACGGCAUCUCAGUCACAGAGCCUGCAGAGGAUGGAGGCGACCGAUUCAAAAGGCAUAGAUGCUAGCUUCACAGAAUCGCUUUCUUGUGCUGAUUCGAAAAGCAAUAGCAAGCCAUCGUUACCAACCGAGAGCGAGGCYGACRCCGACUUGAAGAACACUGACACUGCAAAUGUUCUUUCUUCUGAAUCACAUUCGUGUGCCGAUUCGAAGAAGAUCACGGGCCGAUCCAAGGAAGAAACCCGAAAAUCGAAGGCUUCGAUUGGUUCUCGGGACGAUUCUGAGAGCGCGUGGGCGAAAGACGCGAGUCGGAAAUUGAAGGUUUCGGUUGCUUCYCUUGAAGAUUCUGAAAGCGUGUGGGCGAGCCUUCCAUCUGCUAAGGCUGGGAAGCCAGCAGAUACGGUUGUUGUAAAAAACAAGAGCAAGAACAAGGACAAAGGAGAGGCUACGACCCCGCUCGCUGGAAAGACGCAGAAAGAGAACCGAAGGGAGACGAAAGAAAGCAAGAGAGAGAAGGCAAUGGCCGCAUCUCUUUUUGGAAAACUAGACGACAAGGAUCGCAAGCAAAAGAAAAAAUCGAAUCAAGCGGCUACUCUCUUUGGAACCCCGCAGAGAAAGACAAAGGCAACAAAAUCAAAGAUGGACGCCAAGAACAAAAAGCGAAGAAGACAACGUACUUCUGCAUMCCUAUUUUGAGCCAAUGAAGUGGAAGUAAGCCU